AUGGAGGGCGGACACGCUGACGUCGCGAGGAACCAUUCCAUGGAGCUUCAUCCACGGGCAUGGAGUCGCUUCCUUGCUCAGGGUGGGAACAAGGGCGGUCCUUGCGUUCCGGGUAAGGCAAAUGCAUGUUCGGGGAUCCCUACUAACUACGGCUCGCAGCUCCUCCACUGCUGCCAGAAGCGGUGCUGCGACGUGCUCACCGACAACGCUAACUGCGGGACCUGCAACAAGAGGUGCGGGUCUGCGCAGUCGUGCUGCCAUGGCAAGUGUGCCGCGACGGCCUACGACCCUCGGAACUGCGGGGCGUGCGGCAGCAAGUGCGGCUCCGGGCAGCUGUGCUGCAGUGGAAAGUGUGCCGUGGUGAGCUCCGACCAGCACAAUUGUGGGGCGUGCAGCAAGAGGUGCGGGUCCGGGCAAGUGUGCUGCGAGGGCAAGUGCAUCACGACGGCGUCGGACAAAAAGAACUGCGGUGCGCGCGGCAAGAGUUGCAGCAGUGCAGGGCAAGUCUGCUGCAAUGGCAAGUGCACCUUGGUGGCCUCCGACGCCCAAAACUGCGGGGCGUGCGGCAAUCGCUGCGGCUCGGGGCAAUCGUGCUGCAACGGCAGCUGCACCGCUGUCACCAACGACGCCAACAACUGCGGCGCCUGCGGCAAGCGGUGCGGAUCCGGGCAGCUGUGCUGCGGCGGCAAGUGUGCCGCCGCCGGUUCCCAGAACUGCGGGGCGUGCGGCAAUCGCUGCGGCUCGGGGCAAUCGUGCUGCAACGGCAGCUGCACCGCUGUCACCAACGACGCCAACAACUGCGGCGCCUGCGGCAAGCGGUGCGGAUCCGGGCAGCUGUGCUGCGGCGGCAAGUGUGCCGCCGCCGGUUCCCAGAACUGCGGGGCGUGCGGCAACAGGUGCUCGGCGGGGCAGUCGUGCUGUAACGGCAGCUGCACCACUGUCACCAACGACGCUAAGAACUGCGGCGCCUGCGGCAAGAGGUGCGGAUCCGGGCAGCUGUGCUGCGGCGGCAAGUGUGCCGCCGCCGAUUCCCAGAACUGCGGGGCGUGCGGCCGCAGGUGCGGCUACUGGCAGCUCUGCUGCCGGGGCACGUGCACCAACGUGGCCAGCGACGACCGCAACUGCGGCCAGUGCGGCAAGGUUUGCAGGAACAACGACAGGUGCGAGUACGGCAUCUGUGGGUAUGCUUGA